AUGGGCAUCGAUGGCGUUUCAACGGUGCGUAAUGAGGCGCAAACGUUGCUAGAUGUGGAGGGCGGCGCGCGACACGAACAGUACGGUAGCACGGGUACCAGCACUCCCAUACCACGAAAACCGGACUCGAAGCUGACAAAACGCAUCAAAUACUACAUACCCUCCACGGCAUGGAUACCAGACUACUCGCUAUCACUGCUCGGCGGAGACCUGCUUGCUGGCCUCACGGUUGCCUGCAUGCUGAUACCACAGUCGGUCAGUUACGCUUCAUCGCUGGCUCAACUUAAUCCUGUGACGGGCUUGUUUGCGGCUUCUAUCCCAGGGAUCGUCUACGCGUUUCUCGGAACAUCCCGACAGCUGAAUGUUGCGCCGGAAGCCGCUUUGAGUUUGAUGUUAGGACAGGCGGUCGCAGAUAUACGGCGGGACCUCCCAGAUCCACAUUCUGGCGAUGCUGAUGAGUUGGGCCUGUCUGUGGCUACGGUUAUCACGUUGCAAGUUGGACUAAUAUCAUUCCUACUGGGAGCCUUCAGAUUGGGUUUCAUCGAUGUUGUUCUAAGUCGUGCGUUGCUGCAAGGUUUCAUCGCAGCGGCAGCAGUCGUAAUCAUGGUUGAACAGUUGAUGCCGAUGUUGGGGCUGUCAGCCUUGAUGCACCAAGUACACCCAGAGACCACACUAGACAAAUUCAUUUUCGUCUUAGAGAAUGUAUUCACACACGGCCACCGUCUGACGGCCGUUAUAAGUGUCACCGCUGUCGUUGUUUUGCUUUCGCUCAGAUGGCUGAAGAACGCGGGCAAAAAGUAUUGGUUUAUACAUAGAAUGCCAGAGGUCCUUAUUGUCGUGGUCGUCUCCACAAUCCUGUGCUACCGGUUUGGCUGGGAUACGGAUGGCGUAGAUAUCCUUGGCCGUGUUUCUAUCAGCACCGGGGAAUCCUUCAUUCAACUCCCUUUGCGAGCAUCCAACGUGCGCUACCUCCGGCGGACUACCUCGACCGCAGUUUUGAUCUCUGUCGUAGGGUUCCUAGACAGCAUCGUAGCCGCCAAACAGAAUGGCGCGCGCUUCGGGUACUCGAUCAGCCCGAAUCGCGAGCUCGUCGCUCUGGGCGCGAGCAAUCUCGUGGCGUCGUUCGUGCCCGGCACGCUCCCCGCGUACGGCUCGAUCACGCGGUCGCGGAUCAACGGGGACGUCGGGGGGCGCACGCAGAUGGCGUCGCUGGCCUGCUCGGCGAUUAUUUUGCUGACGACGUUCUUCUUGCUCCCGUGGAUGCAUUACCUUCCGAAGUGUGUCCUCGGGUCCAUCAUCUCGUUGGUGGUGUUCUCGCUGCUUGCGGAGACGCCGCAUGAGUUGAGGUACUACUGGAAGAUGAGCGCGUGGGUCGAUCUUAGCUUGUUGUCCCUGACUUUCAUACUGUCCAUGAUCUGGAACGUCGAAGUCGGAAUUGUAGUCGGCCUUAUCUUGUCCUUGCUUCUCGUGGUCCACCGGUCAGCAAAGACACGUAUGACCAUUCUGGGACGAGUCCCUGGCACUGACCGCUGGAAACCCAUCAAUGAAAACCCCGAAGCUGAAGAGGAUCUUCCCGGCGUGUUGAUUGUCCGGAUACGCGAGAAGCUCGACUUCGCCAAUACUGCACAGUUGAAAGAUCGGUUGCGACGACUCGAGUUGUAUGGUGUUGAGAGGAGCCAUCCUUCAGAAGACCCGAGGCGUCCUAGAGCUUCGGUCCUUGUGUUCCAUAUGGCAGAUGUCGAAAGCAUAGAUGCAUCAGCUGCGCAAAUAUUUUCCGAACUCGUAGAAGAAUACAAGAGUCGAGGCGUCAAGAUUUUCAUCACGCAUCUUUGCCCCAAAUCUCACCGAACGCUGGAAAAGGCGGGCGUCAUUAGAUUGCUAGACCCCGAGGAGCUGCAGGCUACUGUGGCGGACGCGAUAGCAAAAGUAGAACAGAGCCGCUGGGCGCAGUCUAUCUCACUAAUAUCGUAA